AUGUACCAGGACCUCAGCGGAGCUGAGAGGAGGGCCUUCGUGUCGCAGACGGACGGCUGCUUCAUCCCGGGAUACACGGGCCACUGCCCCACGCUCAAGUUCCGCUUCGGGAAGCGCUAUGGCGCCAACACCAAAGAAGCUCUUCAGGAGUUCGAGCAGCAGGCGGGGGCGCGGCGAGAGGCGUACCGCCUGCAUGAUCCCCAGGGGGCGCUGCUGACCCCAGUGCGCCGGUCCCAGGGCCAGCAGGAGGACCCGGGACAGCCCGUGAGACAGCGAGGCCGGCCCUACGUGCUGGGCUACACGGGGUUCAUCCCAGGGCUGCACUUCCGCUACGGCAAGUCGUUCCGGCGCGCGGCCGACGACAGCGUGAUGGAGUUCAACCGCCGCGCAGAGGAGGAGGAGCACAGGCGCAGGAACCAGAGGUCUCGCAGCGCGCCCAAGACUCCGUCCAUCCGCUCACGCGACGAGGUGAAGAGGGCUCUGGAGCAGUUCCAGCAGCAGCGCAGAUACCCAGAGGAGCACCGCAUCUCGCCCGAGUUCCCGCCCAUCGCCGGCUACACGGGGCACAUCCCGCGCCUGCGCGUCACCGAGGCGUCGCUCAGCCAGCGCUUCAGCACGGCGGCGCGCCUGGGCCUGGCGCUCAUGCGGCGCGAGAGGGAGCAGCGCGCUGGGGCGUGCGGGGGCGAGGCCCCGGGAGUGAGGGCGCCCCUGCUGCAGGCCGUGCCCCCCGUGUAGCCCCCCUGCCUCCUCUCUGCUCCCUCGUCCGCUGGAGGAGCCAGGGCUCUCAGGCGGUCUCAAGAUCUUCGCGCGCGAUAUCCACAUUCCACCACCUGUCUGCCCCAUGUCUUGUGCGAUUGGACCGUCAUCACUCAGUAGACGACCUCGAGCCAAUGGCAGCCAUUUGUACCAGGGGCGCAACAACUAAAUUUCCAAAAGGGGUGGGGGGGGCAAUAUACCUUUUUUAUAAAGAAUCAUCGAUCCCCCCUAUGGAAGCGGGGGUUCCCCCGGGAAAAUUUGUAUUUCAUGGUGGAAAAUGGUGCUAUUUAAGCAGUUUAAUUAUUUAAAAAUUGAUUACAUAGCACUUUCUUUGCCCCCGUUUGCCCCCACUUCAAGGUUUCAUAGGGGGGGGGGGAAAUACCCUUGCCCCCCCCCCCCCCUGUUGUUGCGCCCCUGAUUUGUACGGAGAUGACUUCUCACACAAUUGCGACGUCCUAAACAUGUGUCCGACAAGACACUAAUCUCUGACUGGUCCACGAGACCCUCUGACGUCAAGCGAGGCAUGUUUGAUGGUCCGAAUACAUUGGUCAACUUGAACUUUUUGUUCUCAGAAGAAGAACACUCAUUAUAUUUGCUGUUUCUAGUCCCAGUUUCAAAAGAUAAAAAAAAACAUAACGGACAUUAGAGUUUACUAUUGACUUGCAGAAUAAAUAAAUAUUAUUGACCUCCCACAAAUUUCACAAGUUAACUAAAUUUUCAAAACUUAGCUGCAUACACAUUUACAAAGCAUGAAAAUAGAAAACAAAAACGAUCAAAAAACAAUGAUAUUGGCGCUCUAUAUUCACUGCCCUUUGGUGACUAUUUUAGAAAUCAGUAGGUUUGGAAAUCAGACAUCGCAACAGUAGACAGGGCAGUUUUCCAUGCGACAAUGUGACGUCACUCACGUUAGGAUAAGGCCAUGGACCGCCCACAGGUUCGCACUGUUGUGAACGGGCCUUGAACUGUUGAAUAUUUCUACAAGGUUGAGCUGCGUCCUUGUGAUGAGCGCAGACAUCGCAGAAAGCUCAGGAAGGUCAUGUUUAUAUGUGCGAUCAAGGGCCCGCCUCGUCAGGGGUGUGUCUGUGGUGAGGUGGGAUGACAGAGCGACGCUCGCUGGUGCUUCCAGCGCGGUGUUCAGGGGCGAAGCCAGGGGGGGGGGGGGGUUAGGUGUUCAACCCCCCCCCCCCCCCCCUUAGCACCAAAUCUUUAAUUAAUUUCUUAUUCAUCACUCAAACAAAUUUAAUAUUAAAAUUAAUAAAAAAUUUUUACCAUUACAGUAUUUAAAUAUAAGUACCGGAAACUGCUAAAAUAGCACUAUUUUACACCUUAAAAUCCAAAUUUUCCCGGGGGAGGACCCCCGGGCCCCCGCUUUAAUACAAGGGGCCAUGCUUUUUAACACCCCCCAUACACAAAUCCUGGCUACGCCACUGGUGGUGUUGCCUCUAGGCGCAUGACAAACUAUGAUAUUUGAGGGGUAACAGUAACAAUUAUCAGAUAAAUAAACAUAAUGGUAUAAUCAAAAACCCUUGAGUGUUUUCAAGAACCUGUACCAGGUGUUUCAUGCCUAAUACAUAGUCUUGAAACACACGUUUUGUCAUGUUCACUCUUAUAAUAAUACAGUUAAAGAACAAAGUGCGGAAACAGGACUAACCAUUUGCUCUCGGCAUAUUCUUAAAUGCUUUUAGUAAACAAAUUCUAGAGCUCAAUACUUUCAGAAUGGUAGGGACUUAAGUUGUUCAUUUAAAAAAAAAUAGUUUAAACAAAAAAAAAGUGUGACCAUGGAACAGUGUUUUUUAAUUUUCCCUGAUAAAAUGACAGAAACAGGCUAUGACAGUUAACUUGGUACGGGUUUAAAAAAAAAAAAAAAAAACAUGGAGCCUGAAGUGAACAAAUCCAAGGCCUCCAUGUAUACGUGGUCCAACUUGAUCUCGAUCCCAACAAUCUAGCAUCACUCAGACCUGUGAGCACCGAGUCGGUAGUCAGGAGGUUCGGAACCCACUGCAAUCUCGGCUUAAGCCCCUGUGCAUGGCGGUGUGACCAACAUAGCACCUCGCCUGCUAGAAAUAAAGUGAGGGCCAGUGGAUUGCAACACUUGGAAUCAUAACUCAUCGCGGGACCGAGAGCUAACAAGUAGAUCUGAACUUGACUGACUCACAAAGCAAUAAUCAUCGGAGAUAGAUGAGCCUUGCCUUACACCCGAUGCCACGAUAGUUCACCGCUCUGCAUGUACAUCCUAGCGCAGCUAAAUGUUUCCACACCGUCAACUACAGAGCACGCAUUGUUUCAGAGAGCUGUACAGCUGUUAGUUUAGUCUUUCACAAGUGUCCUACCGUUCAUGUAGGCGUUGUCAUGUGUGAUGUCUGAUGAGUACAUCUGUGGAGUCACGAUUAUGUCGUGGACUCUUUUCACGUCUUGCCUAUGUAUAAUCCGUCCUUUUUUACAAUGCCCAUUGUUUGAUAACAAGGCGAGUUACGCAUCUUUGGAUAAUCACUUCCUCUCUGUGUUUAUAACUGUCUCAGGGACGUUCAUCAAGAGAACUGUAGUCCAAUCUCCAAUCAGCAACAAGAUGCAGAUGUUUAUGGAUUUUUUUCACAUGUAUAUUUUGCUAUCCAAUGAAUCAGUGAUAUAAUCGUGGCUCUAUUUAUGUGGAAUCUCGUGUCUUUAAUGGAGCCAUUAAAUACUGGUAGAUUUCCUUCUCAGAUUUUACCAUACCGCAGAGUACCUGUCUUAAAUGAGCACCAUAGGGUCAUGGAUUCUACUUUUGCUGAUUGCACGCAACUGCAUGAAUUCAUAUCAUUCUUAGUGGUUGAAAGCUAUUGACUUCAUAUUACUGCCCUUCUUUCUGAAAAUAUUUGCCAGUUAUACUUAGCAUUUGCAAUUUUUGUACAAUUAUUGCCACAAAAUUUCACAUUUAUAUAAAUUUCUUUAGAUACUGUGAUUUUUAUUGAUUUAAGUACUUUAUGUUAAAUUUCUGUAGACGUUUCAAAAUAUGCUAUCUCUAAAACCAUGUUCAAUUACAUUGCAUCAGUGUUAAAUGCCAUCCAUAAUAUUUCUUCAAAACAUGUAUGUACAAUUUUGAUAAUUAGGUCAUAUGUAUAUUCUAUUUUGUUAACAAAACACAAGUAAAUCCAUGGUUUCGUAGCAAUCUGUAUAACUUGUUUGAAAAUUACAUAUGUAAAUUAUAAAGUAAUGAUAAAAUAGUGAGAAAAAUGUUUGUAUAUGUAAAAUGUUCCGUGACACUUCAGUUUAUUGUCAGAGUAGUUUAGAGGUUUGUUAAAUUAUUUUGAUUAAUGGUGCACAGUUCAUAAGUGUGACAUUUAGCUGCUUGGAUUCUGUUUAUAAGUAAAAACACUUAUAAUUUAUUUUUGUAAUUUAUUAAUAAAUUGUAAUAAAAUCUACACUACAGUUUUGUUCAUAAGUUCCCUCUGACAUAUAACUGAAUUACUUUACGACAUCACUUCUGUUACAGAUGCAACUAUUUAAAUUUUUAUUUUUUAUUUAAAUAAAAUUAAAAUUUAUUUCAUUAUGUGUCAUCACAAAAUGUAUUUUAAAUACUUUAUUUUCUACUAAUGUCCUAUAUGUUGUUUUUCUUAUGAAAACCAAAUGGGAAAUGCAUAAAUUUUGUACUGUUCAUUGGCAAUUUAAUUUUAAAUAUUGCUAACAUAAAGCUAGGGUUUGCUUCUUUGCGUUUAUUUUUUUCAUACAGUUAAAUCUGCACGCUUUUGCGCUGAAAUAUUUGUUGGGAUAUCAUAUGUGCUGUGAUUCAAAGAUAAAUAGUCUUUUAUCCACAUUUUAAUUUUGUUUCUUGUGAUUAGAUAGCUGUCAAAAAAAUGAAGCUAGAUUAACAGUAAUUUAUUCAACUAAUUUUUUAUUUGAAGUAGUUAAAUUGUUAAGGAGUUUGGAUUGGUCACCUAAUUUUUCUAUACACUGAUGUAUUACAAAAUACAUCUACAUGAAUGUGUUUAGUCAUAACCGGCAAAAAUUAAAACAAUUUCACUAUUUUUUUGUACUGGUUAAAACCACAGAACUACUUAAAAAUUAUGCUACGCCUCAUAAGUGCACUUAUUUUUCCGUUGAGUAAGGCCGAUGGAUAUUUGCUGCAAAGUGGACAGGUUUAGUAAAUUGUUCCAGUUAACUGUGACUACCCACGCCAUGCAGUAGUUCUUGUUUCCGAGCCACGCCUGUGUGGUGUACCUGCCUGGAAAACAAAUAUAGCUCCUUCGUCUCUUUCCACAUGAAGAUAUAAUUCCGAGUGUUUGCAGAGAGAUACAAGGACGCAUUCUUAACUCGAAAACUACAAAAGUUCCCUGCCCUGUUCGGUAGCAUUAUUGUGAAAACAGCUGUAUAUUUCUGAAAAUGUUUUGAAAAUAUGUACAAACCAUGUACCUACCUGCUUCAAUGUCAAUAUUUCAUAGAAAAACAUUGUAAAUGAUUAUUCUUUAAGACAAUCUUGUUGUGAAUGGAGAUAAAAAAAACGGCAUUGCAAAAAAAUAAUCUUUCGCACGUUUUAAAUAAAUGCCUAAUAUACUUACGUGGAAAUAUAUGACAUAAACAAGUGUUAUUUCAUGGAAAGUGGAACAAUAAUGUAAUAUAUGUUCAAUAAAAUCUUGUUUAAUAACAGUGUG